UUUUUUUUUUUUUCGAGGUAAGAUACAUUUAGGAACUGCGGCUUUAAGAAGCAGUUGAAUUUAUGGUUAUCUUUACCAAUUCAUAUCAACAGCCAUGGAACUCACCGCUCUCGACUCUAGUUUUCUUCCAAAAAUGCAAGACUUUAAACGAUAUAAAUCAACUCCAUUCGAGAAUGAUAACCACUGGAUUUAUCAAAAACACUUGUUUAACUACUAAAAUCAUACUCUCACUCUCUUCUUCACCACAAUCUCCACUUAGAGAAUUUGCUCGCUACAUCUUCUUUACUCAUCAUGCUCUCCUGGUUGAUACAAAAGAAGAGGACCCUUUUCUCUGGAAUGCUAUAAUCAAAACGUAUUCUCAUGGAGAUGACCCAAUACAAGCUCUUUCCAUUUUCUCUUUGAUGCUUGAGAAUGGGAUUUCUGUGGAUAAGUAUUCAUUGUCUUUGGUUUUGAAAGCUUGUGCUCGUUUGGGUUUGGUUAGGGAAGGACUGCAGAUCCAUGGUCUGUUGAGGAAAAUGGAAUUCGGGUCGGAUGUGUUCUUGCAAAAUUGUUUGAUGACUCUAUAUUUGCGAUGCUGGUGCCUUGAACACGCACGUCAAGUAUUUGAUACAAUGCCAAGGAAGGACACAGUUUCUUAUAAUUCAAUGAUAGAUGGUUAUGUCAAACGUGGUAAAAUUGAUCUAGCACGUGGGUUGUUUGAGCUUAUGCCCACAGAAGAGAGGAAUUUGAUAUCUUGGAAUUCUUUAAUCAGCGGGUAUAUGCAGUCAGGGAAUGGACUUCAGCUUGCUUGGGAGUUGUUUGAGAAAAUGCCUAAAAGAGACCUGAUUUCAUGGAAUUCAAUGAUUGAUGGGUGCGCAAAAUGUGGAAGGAUGGAUGAUGCUCAGGCUUUGUUUGAUAGGAUGCCAGAAAGGGAUAUGGUUAGCUGGGCUAACAUGAUUGAUGGAUAUGCAAAACUAGGCCAUGUGAAUAUUGGUAGGCGUUUUUUUGAUGACAUGCCUGAAAAAGAUGUUGUUGUGUGUAAUGUCAUGAUGAAUGGUUAUUUGCAGAAUGGUUAUUAUAUGGAGGCUUUAGAUAUAUUCUAUGCUUUGCAAAGAGAGAGCAAGUUGUCUCCUGAUAAUGCCACAUUGUUGAUUGCUCUUACUGCGAUUGCUCAAUUGGGGCAUAUUGAAAAAGGGGUAGCAAUACAUUGCUAUCUAAAGGAAAAUGGGUUUUCUCUGGAGGAGAAACUUGGUGUUGCCCUGAUUAACAUGUAUUCUAAAUGUGGCAGCAUAGAUAAUGCCAUGUUGGUCUUUGAGGGUAUAAAAGAAAAAACUGUAGAUCAUUGCAAUGCUAUGAUUAGUGGGUUGGCCAUUCAUGGCUUGGGAGAAUUAGCUUUUGAUUUACUCAUGGAGAUGGAGAGGAUGAGGAUCAAACCAGAUGAUAUAACGUUUAUCGGAUUGUUAAAUGCCUUUGGCCAUGCUGGCUUGCUGAAAGAAGGUAUGAUCUGUUUUGAGCUUAUGAGAAGAGUUUACAAAGUGGAGCCAAAACUGCAACACUAUGGAUGCAUGGUUGACAUCCUCAGCCGAACAGGGCACAUUGAAGAAGCCAGAAAAUUUGUGGACGAAAUGCCAAUCGAACCGAACGAUGUAAUUUGGAGGACUUUGGCUAGCGCUUGCAAAGCACAUGCAAUCUUUGGCAUUGGAGAGUCACUGGCGAAGCAUCUAGUUAAGCUAGACUGUUCUAGUUCGAGCUCUUACGUGCUUUUAUCUAAUAUAUAUGCUGGUCUUCAUAUGUGGAAUGAAGUUAGUAGGGUUCGGAAAAUGAUGAAAGAAAGAAACUUGAAGAAAAUUCCCGGUUGCAGUUGGAUUGAAUUAGAAGGUAAUGUUCAUGAAUUCUCUGUUCAAGAUAAGUCACAUCCUCAAGUUAAGGAGAUCUAUUCCUUGCUGAAUAGUGUUUCUUCUACCUAACUCACAGGUCACCUAUUAGCAUUGAAAUUACAAAAUGUUAAGCAAUGUUAAAAUGUAUGAAUGUAUAGUUCAUACUUUGUAUUCUGUUUUUGUAUAUUUACAUUAUUGGCACUAAAGCUAUCCUUUUGUUCUC